UAUAAAUAAUUCAUGCAACGCAGGCUGCACCAUACAGAAUAGCUGAUUAGAAAAUGGCACUCGCGCAUUUUGUUCUCAUUCAUACCAUAUGCCAUGGUGCUUGGGUUUGGUACAAACUCGUACCAUUGCUGGAGGCUGCUGGCCACAACGUAACAACACUGGACCUCGCAGCCAGUGGUAUUGACCAAAGACAAAUUGAGCAGAUUGGCUCGUUUGAUGACUACUCUGAACCCUUGUUGACGUAUAUGGCUUCAAUCCCCAAAGGAAAAAAGGUUAUACUUGUUGGCGAGAGCUGUGGAGGACUCAAUAUUGCUAUUGUUGCAGAUAAAUACCCUGAAAAGAUUGCAGCUGCUGUUUUCCACAAUUCCCUUAUGCCAGAUAUCGAGCACAACCCUGCUUAUGUUGUGGAUAAGCUCUUGCAGGUCUUUCCUGACUGGAAAGACACCGUGUAUUCAGCCUACGAUAACAACGGCGAGAAUAUAACUGCAUUGAAUCUUGGCUUCGAACUUAUGAAGGAGAAUAUAUAUACUAACUGCCCUAUUGAGGAUUAUGUACUGGCAACCAAGUUGGUAAGGAAGGGAUCAUUGUUUCAAAAUAUUUUAGCUAAGAGAAAAUUCUUCACUAAGAAAGGUUACGGAUCAAUCAAGAGAAUUUAUGUGUAUAGCAAUGAAGACAAAAUAUUUUUACCAGAAUUUCAUCUCUGGCAGAUAGAAAAUUAUAAACCAGACAAGGUUUAUGUUGUCCCUGGUGGUGAUCAUAAGCUGAUGCUUUCAAAGCCUAUUGAGCUCUUUCAGAUUCUCAAUGAAGUGGCUAAUACAUAUGCUUGAAGUUGAAGCAUUUUCUAUUAUGAAUAUGGAAGCAACCAUAAAUAAAGUAUCUCACAAAUUAAUUGGGAAGUAAGUUGUACUAAAUUAAAAUAAAUUGUUUUGUGUUGCUUAUCCAUUUGUUUAAUUUUAUUAAUCUAUAAAUAAAAAUAUAGAGUAACGUUUCAAGUUUGGUUUGAGU